AUGCCGGAUCUCACGCAGGAAAACUAUGAACUACGUCAAAAACUGGAACUGGCACAGGCAAUGGAACGUACGUAUUUGGAGGAAAUAGAAUCACUAAGGGAAAGUGUGCGAACCCUUCAGGUCGAGCAGAGUGAGACAAUUACUCGUCCAGACCCGUCGAGCCAGACUUGCCGCGCCGAGUACGAAGAACGCCUAGAACAUGCGGCAGAACAGCUAGCAUCACUGACUGUGGAACUUCGUUCGUCCAAGGAACGUGAGGCCCAGUUGUGCGAAAAGCUCUCGGUUGCCGAAUGUCGGUUGGAAGCGAUCAGCUCAGAGGCUUCCCUAUCCACUAUGGAACCCAACCAACCGGAUCCUGUUGUGCUACUUGAAGAAAUCGCUCGUCUCAACGAGGAGCUGGACACACUGAAAACGGAUCACCGUAUUGAACGUUCCAAAUUGGAGCGCAAUUUAGCUGAAUUGGAAGAGGAGAAAGUGUCACUGCAGUCGGAUGUUUGCGAGUUGAAUCGGCAUUUAAAGGAGUCUCGGGACGAACUGUCUGACGUUCGUGCACAGCUAGAGGCGAUUGAAUUGCAACAAGCGUACGAAGCUUCGAAUACGCGUGGAAAUUCCGCCUUCAGCGAGCUUGAAGAUCGUCGUAUUCGAGCGGAAGAACUGCUUGAAGAUCGUCGUAUUCGAGCGGAAGAACUGGUUAAGAAGCAACGUAAUGUAAUCGAUGAUCUUCGCGCCCAGCUGGUCAGUGUGCAAGCCGAGUCGAACAAAAAGCUUGACCAUCAUUAUAGCUCAACACUUUCUGCGAUGCCCCCUUUCUGUGAUGAUACUUCUGGUUAUUUCUCACUUUCUCUAAAGGAGGAAGAGUUGCGAAAGCUGGAGACUCGCUUUCGUGAACGUGACACACAGUUCACUGACAAUCUGGUGGCAGAACGCAGACGCUUGAUGGACGAGAAUCGUACACUACAGAUACAGCUGCAACAAUUCGAAGAGCUGCAGGUGGACAAUGAGCGGAGAGCCUCCACAGUUUCGAAGGCUUUCAAUCUGAGGGACAGUGGACAGGAAUCUCUGGUAAACGCGUUGGAGCGUCGGAUUGCACUUCUCCAAAGGCGGCUCACUGAGAAGACCACUUUGGUUGACGGAUUACGGGACAGGAUGCUGAAGGCCCAUUACAUGCGGAGGCAAAUCCAAACGGAAUUAUGGAACCAGAUGGAUAUAACGAAUCGGUUGUCCGAGCAACUUCAGAAGUCCCAGAAGCAGUGGCUAGCUCAAAGAGCACCGCUUGAACCAGUUAGCCAGUCAAACGAGCGAGAAGCUCUCGACGUAAGUUCCGAGGGCAAAUCAAAAGGCGACAUCCUUGUCCAAACUGCAACAAACCUCAGAGAUGAGCUCAGUCAUCAAGGGCGCCCGGAUACCGAGAACGCCGGUCCAUCAGUUUGGCCUUCAGAUACCCUAAUCUCAGAACCUCAAGAUAAAGAUCCACAACCCCAGACAAAACAAUCCAAAACCAAUGUUGUCCAUCUUGGGAACCUCCGAAACACUCAAACAAAGGAUACGGAUACACCGCCAGAUUGCAAACCCUCUUGAGUUGAUUUUCAUAACGUACUUGGAAGUGUUUUCUGAAUAUGCUCCCACAUAUUCCUCAUCCCCAUUGUUUGCUUCCCUGUAUUUCAAUAAAGAAAUCCUUUUUUAUAAAAACAGGUGCGCUUCAUCUGUACAUAAUCGCCUUAUAGAGCGCUAGGUUGAUACCCAAAAAAGACUAAACAAACGAGAGAAAAAAGCGUAACCUAAACAUCAUCUGUUUAUAUGAAGGGGGCGAAGAGUGAAGAGAUGAAGCGAUUAUUUUACAGGUGACAGUGAUCCAAUGGUAGCCAGUAAAUGAGCGUAGGGAAUUCGCGCCAUGGCACAAACAGUCGAUCACGUUGUAAAUCAGAAAAAAAAACCGAUUAGCAUGUUGACCAAAGAAACGAGGGAUGGAGUGAACAAGGCAGUCAGUUCAUUGGGUGAUACACGGGUGUUGGAGGACUCCAGUUGGGAUUAGUGGAGAUAUCGUUUGGUUGCAGGUAUGAUGUAUAGAAAAAAUAAUAUACACAAUCCAAACCUAACUGCGGGAAUUUGGUUAGUGAAAGAGAAGGGAGACCAGAGCGUCUGAAAGAAAAAUACAUGAGAAUCUAACAGUAAUUUCGUCUGAACCACUUUUAUAUUAGGACCUCUGAGUAUACAACUUGGGGAGAAAGUGUUCGUAGGCUGUGUGAAUACAAGCAGUAGAAACCGAGUAAAGGCGAUUCGAACGUGCGCGAGGGGUGUGGUGGCGAUAGCAGAACACAUAUGCCAGGACUGAGAAGGACUUGGUGUGAAUAAAAAAUGCUGGCCAUUAAAUUCUUUUCUGUAUACAUGUAAAUUUUUUUGGGAAGGGUACGAACACAAAAUCGUCCGCGAUGGUGGGAUAUCUGGAUAACUCGAAAGGUAAAUAUAAUCUGGUGGUCACAAAGCAACCGAGUCGAGGCGCCUAACGCCUAUAAACUGUGCACAGAGAAGUAGAACGUUAUAAACAUGUGGAGGAUACUAUCUGCACAGCGGUCCGCAAAGAUCCGGAUCGAUUAUAUUUACACAACCGUAGAAGCACGUGCUUAUCAAAUGUUGCUAGUGGCCAGGUCACAUACCACAAACCGACUUCUAUCGUUAACCAGCCGUUCGCUGAUUUAGUGUUGCUGUUGUUGGGUGACUGUUUCCGCGUUGCCCGGCAGGUUAGCCAUAGACACACUGACCUGUUGA